AUGGAUGGCUUCAAUGCCAAUUCAAGGCCUUACAUGGCCCAGAUCCCUAACGAAAUACAAACGCAAAUAUGUACAUACCUCCCAACCGCCGGCCUUGCAAACUUGGCGGUGACAUGCCGCACCACCCAUGGCGCCGCUCGCAGGGUCCUAUAUCUGCGAAAUGCCACAGAAGAAGACUCAUCGGCAGUUAAAUAUGCAAUCAUCGUCUCCGCAAAAAAGUACACAGAAAAUGUCGCGCUGCGCAUUAUUGGCUUGGCCAUUUCUCAUGGGGCACAGCUGGACACUAUCCACCGACAUCCUACUAAGCCCCAGAUAUAUGCAACUGCACUUCACAUGGCGGCCGCCCUGGGUUACUGCUUGAUCGUCAAGCGACUGCUUCAACACAAUGUCUGUGUGACGUCAACGAGCCAGAAUCUCUGGGAAAUGAUCCAGUUAGAUUCUUAUGAGAUGGAUCAGAUCAUCAGGAGAGCGGCGCCUUGCUUCACAGACACGCUCUCAUGGUGCCCCAGAAAGGUCAAGCACCAUUUGGCCAUGGCCCCAUGGCUGCCCUUAUUUGUUCCUUUCCUCCGCGGGAACAGAGAGAUUCUUAAACUUCUAUUGCCCCGUGUUCCAGAUUGCCGUCUGACCCGUGAUUUUCGAAACCAGGGUUGUGGUGCUCUUACAGCACUUCAUGUCCUUUCGGCAAGGGAGAACCAAGACGAGAGCCUUUUACAGAAAGUGUUACAACUCUCAACGAACUUUAUAAACGAGAAACUCCCUGGAGUUGGUGGAAGCGCAUUGCAUAUUGCGCUCAGACAAGGAAAUGAGUCUAUGUUCCAGAUGCUCGUGGAUAAGGGGGCUGAUUUAAAUCUGCAAACCGAAAGUCUUGGAUAUGCUCCGAUUCACAUCGCGAUAAUUUGCUGUUAUGAAGCUGACAUGCCUGAACGCAAGGUCUAUCAGAGUUUCAUUGAGCUUCUUGUGGAAAAAGGGGCAGACUUGGACCGGCCCACGCUUUUUGAAGGAUUCACACCGUUGAUGACUUUGGUUGGGGCCGCGGAGUUUGACUGGAAGCUCUCAUAUCGUAACAUGAAGCAGCUUGUAGACUUGUUUCUCGCCAAAGGGUGCCGCGUCAACCAUAUGGCACCUGGUGGACAGACAUUCGUCUCUCUUCUCCUUGAGAGAAUAAUCGAAAAGAAUGGGAACCCCUCUCUUGAGGCUCUGUUAAAAGAUGUCAUCGAUUAUGGGGCCAGCCUGAACAAUCCGCUCCCUGGUGGCACAUCAAUCGCCAAGGCGUACGUGAUUGAUUCUGAAAGAUGCACCAGACUCGCAAAGAUUCUUGUCAAGAAAGGGGCUAGAAUUUAUGAUCAGGAGGUCGAUAUUGUGUUCCUCAGUUGUUUCAAGAACCCUCGAGUGCACAAGCGUUAUCAUCUUAAAUCAACUAAGGAUCACACUAUCGACCUCCUCGAGGAAAAAAAAUCACUGGUCUCACAAGACGCCAUCAACGAAUCCUUUCGGUAUGCAGUCCUAGUGGAUAGCCAAAAACUGGUGAAUGACCUUCGAAAUACCUGGGGCUUUUCUCCAACCAACCCAGACGACCUUGUUUGGCUCGCACUUCAAGACCCAAACCGAAGAUUGAUGGAAUUCGUGCUUGAGCUGGACUUCAAUCCCAACAUGAUCCGUCGAUCUAGAAGUUGCUUACACUUGAUCGUGGCACAGCUAGCCAAUGAUCGCUACACGGAAGAAGUGGCGAUAAUCAAUGCCAAGGCACUCAUUGAAAAGGGAACAAGUGUGUUGUGGAAAGACGCAGAGGGCAAAACAGCAAUACAGAGGCUUAGAGAAUUAGACGAAGAGAGGUUUAGAAAGGCAGAGGAGAGGCUUAGAAAAGCGGAGGAGAAGCUUAGAAAAGCAGAGGAGGAGGGGCUUAAAAAAGCAGACGAUGAUAGUCCUAAAGAAUCAGACGAGAGGCCGAAGAAGGGGACUGACAAACUUCGGUUGCUGCUUCUCGACCAAAGGGACAGAGAGCUUGGGGAAUACUAA